CCAUUCUAUAUGCUAUUAUCAUUAUUUUUUUUAUUUAUUCAUUUGUUUUAUUAUUUUUUACGUAUAUAUUUGUCUUAUAAUUUUUUUUUUUUUCCCCAAGAUGAGACGAAGGAGCACAAAGGACUAAUGAACCCAGGACACCCACGAGGACCCUUCUUUUUAACGACCAUACCUCUUCCAUUCCCCGCAGCCUGCAGUCUACGUAGAUUCCAUGACCUCAGUGAUCCCAUCGCUAUACUGGAAAUAUCUACUUACUUUUUACAUUUUUUUUUUUUUCUCUAAGGAAUGGCAGGCGUUUUCCAAGGUAUAGACUAAGGCAUAAAGGAUGUGUUACAGACACCACCACGGAGAACACUAGGUACUAGGAUUAUUUAGACUUAGCAUGAUGGAUAAGAGUGAAACUUGCAGCCUUCUACCUAUUACAUGUCUUUCCAAGCAUUAAUUUUACAUAAACUACACGGACAAGGGUCAAGUUACUGCAUCUUUACUUAUAACAGUUGAAAAUAACGUUGUUUGCUUUGUGAAGAUCUAAAUGUACUGAAAUGUUUAAAUCUCUGAUCAUAUUCGGGUGGUGAGCAAGAAAUUGGAGAUGGUGGUGUUGGUGGCAGUGCGGUACUGUGGGUAAGCAGUUCGUAGCCACGGCACUGGCACGGUGGCACCCUCGCUUCACCAAUACGUUGCCAUGGCGACGCCAUAAACAAGUGUCCCGGAGCGGAGAGGCUCCCGGACGCUGUUUAAUAUUCUCCAAACAUGGCUUGCCCAGCACCACCGUGUUCCUGAGUGAGCCAGCCACCUGCAACGCCGAGCAGAGCGGCUGAGGGAGUGCUGCCAUGGGAUGUGAGGCACGGGGCAGCGCCAAGCACGGGCUCACGGAGAUUUUUGUCGCGCGGCUGCGGAUCGCGGCACUGCGGUGGCGAUUAACUCAAGAGGAGUGUGAGGUGGCAGUGAGGGAUGAUGGAAGAUGCCAACACUGAGUGCAAGAAGUUCUGUGCAGACUGGACCAGCUUCCACAGGGUAACAAAGGUGCUGGUGAAGGCAGUGCGCAGGAUCCACCAUGGGGUGCGGGAGGAGCACAGCCACCUCAGUGAGGGUGCCAGACCCUCAGAACUCAGGUCCACAGUACUGGCCAGACAUGAGUCAGCCUAUAAGAAGGUUAUACUCGGCCUCAAGGAUUACUCAGCCAACUUCCUGGAGAUGGAAGAUCAGUAUCAACAACUGAUGAAAUCCCGUAGUAAGUUUUGUAAGAUUCAGUUCAGCCGAGUAGUGGAGAAACAUACUCAGAUUGAAAUGCAGCGGGACACCAUACUGCAUUCUGUGGAGAGCUUGAUAAAGGCUCAGCUGAGAGUGGCUGCAAGUGACUUCAAUGAGAAAUCAAAGACACUCUUAGAUGCAGGAAUUUUUGAUGUUAUAGGAGCAUACAAUGAAGCUCUGGUGAAGUUAAAAAACAUUGUGCCGAAAAAGAAAGAGGGAGAGGAGGAGGAGGAGGAGGAGGAAGAUGAAGAUGAGGAAAAGGAGGAGAGUGAGAAAAUGUACAGAACUUUGAUGCCAGAUAACCUCAUUCCUCCUCUGUCAUGCCUCAAACAAAUCACAGCUUCCAAGAUCCUGCAGACAGUGGGACGGGAGAGAGCACCUCAAGUAACCCAAUGCAUCGCUGAAACUCUCAUGCAGGAGUUCAAAAUAACAUCAGAAAAUGGGACACCACUGCCCUGGAAACCCAUCACCUUCAACUGCAAGCCUGGGAAGGUGACAGGGGAUAUCUUUGAGGAUGCUAUAGCAAAGGAAGAGGAUGAGAACAAGAUAAAUCAACAAAAGCUGGAUCUGGCUCUUAGAAUGGAAUUUGGAGAAGAUUUUCCUGGGACAGACUACUUGCCGGCCAAUGACUCUGGGGAGAUGGUGCGACCCAUUCCCUCCUCUGCUGUGGAUACUCUCAUAGCCACCAACACUGAACUGCUCAACCUUUUAGUAGAUAAGUUUACAAAAACCCCUGGAGUGCUUGUCAAGGGAAUGCUGAAACAGAGUAAGUCAGGUGAGAAGCGCUUGAGCAAAGCAGCAAGAACAAGAAUAGAAACUUACUAUGUGGAGCGUGUGUGGGGUGAGGGAUCUGAGUUUGUGGAGGAGCUUGUACUGUGGGUGCCACCUUCUGCUCGGCCUCCGCCCUUCCCUCCUCCAGCACUCCUCCCACCUCAGACUCUCUUCCACAUCCUUAGCACUUUUCAGCAAUUCUGUAACAGAGCACUUGUACCUGAGUCGUGCCGGGCCAGCUGUGAGGGACUGGUGGAUGAGUGCCGCCACCUGGCCACCAGCUCCAUUCUGGACUGGGGCAGUGUGCGGGGUGUGGGAGCUUAUGCCAGGGCCAGUCCACCUCCACACAAGCUACCAGAUGGAAACUAUUCCACUGUUGGGGGUGAAGGUAUUGGAGACGUGGUGCAGCUGCUGGUGUGGGAGGUGAACGAAAUCGAACGGGUGGAGGUGGAGAAGGAACCCAAAGACUGGGCAGUGGGGGAUGAGGUGGGUCUACUAUUGCGACUUGGAGGUGUGGUGGGUUCUGUCCUGUGCUGGCUACAACUGCGUGCUGCACACCUGCUGCACACUUGGAACACAGCACCCUACUAUCUCCUUACACAGGCUGACCUCCCGAGGAUCAUUGAGGAACUAAAAUUACUCAAGAUCCAGGAGAGGGAACACCUGACCAAAACUGAUGACAUGGCCCGCCUCCUUUACUGCAUGUCCCGAGCCACACAAGUCACAAUGAUAGAGAAGAUUGUGGACAAGGUCAAAGCAUACGAGGCUGAGAUGGUGGAGGCAGUGAGUGGUGUGUGCAGGACUGUGAGUCUGGCACAGCUACAGAACUCCAUGCCCAACCCCCGGAUCUGGCGAGGCAUCGGCCGCAUCCCCCACGAGCCUCACUACUAUGUCUACGAGUACAUUGCUGCUGUGCUGGAGCCAGUACUGGAUGCUGUGUCCAAACUUGGUGUUGUGCUGCAGCGGCGGGCAGGUGCCACCAUACUGAAGGUGGUGUGCUACGCCUGGCUGGAACACAUCAAGGUGCAGAAAAUCAAGUUUUCACUGUGGGGAGCUCAACAGUUACUGAAAGAUUUCCACGCUCUGGCCGAGUGGCUCCAGAAGUACCCUGGCCUGGCCCCUGAGGCACGAACACAGGUGCUGGCCGUGGAUGUGCUGCGGGAGUGUGAGGGGGUGGCACGACUUCUCAUGAGGCAACCACCCCUUGUGGUUGGAUAUACUUCCCAGAACCAGGUGGCUCCCAUGGGGCCCAUCAGUGCUGGAAGGAAACAUGAUAAAGAAGUAAAGUUGAGUCAAGACAACGAUGAUAUCCCAGCAGAGAUGUAUGUCCCCAAUCAGCAAUUAUGGCUGUCUCUGAGGGCACGUCCAGCUUCUUCCAUGUGUGUCAAGAUGGGCUCCUGCUGCUCCUGGCCUUAUUGAGGUAUCUGCCAAGAUUCUUGUUAUGAUCUGUGCAGCUUCUGGCCUGUAAGCCUUUAAGAUAGCAUUCACAUGACUCACACUGUCUUGUCAAUUAAGGAAAAUGUUUGUCAUGGGUGGAAGAGAGUGAUGGUAUAUGUUCUCUAUUUUCUCUUUCUCUUUUUUUUCAGGAUUUUAAUAUUUUAUUAUUAUUUGGUUAUGUAAAAGUCAUGUGCAGACAGGUUAUCCAUAGCCAAUGAACCAGACUGAUCACACACACACACACACACACACACACACACACACACACACACACCUGAAUGGAGCCAAAGAUAGGAAAAUGUGAAGUCUAAUGCUAAGAAAUACAGAAUGAUGGAAAA